CCCCUUUAAUGGUUUGGCCGAGGGUUAGUGGGCGGGCGCUAUUGGGGAUGUGAGUGUCCGGAUGCCCGAGCUUCGGCCUCCCGAAUGGGGAAGAAGACGAAGAAGAGGGCGGUCGGGGCCGAGGCCACAUUUUACUGCGAGGUUUGCAGGCAGACCUCCUUCAGGGGCCGGGGCCAUGUGUACGGGCUGAAGCACCAGGAGAGGCUGGAGGCGCUGCUAGGCCGCUUCCUGCAGAAGGCAGAAGAUGCUCAGCCGUUUCUUAAAGAAGUGAAAGUGGAGAAAUAUGACUUCACUGAGCACGAGCAGAACUUCUGGUGCUACUGCUGCAAGAGGGAUGUGAAGAAACACAUCACGAACGAGAGCCUCGCUGUGCUGUAUGGAGGGCUGCUGGAACACUUUGAGAGUUCAGAACACCUGAAGCAAACCAACAUUUUCUGGUGGGAAAACAAAGCAGACGUUAAAUUGAAAGACAAGUUUCUGCUGUCUGGCGAUGCUUAUGAGAAGUUCAAAGAAGCUGUCGCAAAGGCAGUGGAAAACUAUGAAGAGAAGGAGGAUGAAUAUAUUAAACAGGAAGCAGAAUAUAUUCGAGAAGUGGAACGGAGAAGACAGGAGGUAGUGCAGGCUGCCUUUGAGCCACAGGCAGAGCAGAAUUCUGUUGAUGGAUUCCCAGUGUUUGCAGUCAACCACUAUGAGAGCACUGAAGAGACAGAACCUGGACCGAGUGGAGUACAUUUUCCUUAUUCUGGUGGUAUAACAAAUGGACAAACUUUGACUUUCGUUGGUGACCAGUUCCAGAUAUCCAGAACAGAAACUGGAAAUAUUCACACAGGUGCAAUUCCACCCUGGCUUAUCGAUGAGGAAGAUCCGGACACUACACCAAAACCAAUAGGGCCAUCUUAUGAGGAGUUUAUCCAACAGAAAGAGAAAGAGAAACUGAAGAAACUUCCUCCAAAUAGAGUUGGUGCAAAUUUCAACCACACAUCAGAAACGGAUGAUUCCUGGUUACCUUCGUUUGGCCGGGUCUGGAAUGACGGCAGAAGGUGGCAAUCAAGGCAUCAGUUCAGGUUAGAGGAAGGCAAAAAAAGAAAACGGGACAAGAGAUGACCAGAGGACUAUUCCAAAUGGAUUUGGGAAGAGGCAAAUGGUUGAGAUUUUUUGUGCUUUAAAGAAAUAUUUUAAUGUUAAAUAUUUAACAUGUUACUUAUGGCUAGACUCAGACCUAGUAUAAAAUGUUUUACUGAAAUAUUGUAUACUCAAGUAAAUUAGGUCAAUAGUUGAAACCUAGUUUUAUAUUCCAUUGCAAUAACCAGGACUGUAAAUUAUUUGUACUCCUCACUAAUGGUAUAUAGUCUGUUUAUAAACCACUGUCCUACCUGCUGGCCUUAACUAUUGUAAACUAAAAUCCUAUAGUAAAAAUGGAUUUAGUUCAUCGAUCAAUGCAAGACUGUAAUUUCCAUGUAAUAAAAGAUGUGUUGAAAUGGAA